GUAGCUAUUUAGACUCGUUCGUCCUCCUACAAGACCGCUAAUGCAGAGAGUGAGAUGACAGACAGUAGUGUACUUUCUGUCGCUUAUAUGCUUUAUACUUUUGUGACAGACAUCGCAAGUUUCAUUGCACACUACGUUGCUCUUGGUUUGGAGAUUUUUAUCAAAGAAGUAGAAGAAGCAGACGUGCAGUUAAAAAUACUGUACUUUUUAUUGGGUUGGUUGUUCAUUAGCAUUGUGUUAAUCCAGAUAGUCUGGUCUGUAUGGAAUAAAAAUGUGCUGAAAAUGCUACAGUCAAACGGUAAGUUAAGGAAGAACUCACGAGGCUCAAGUCUUCGCAGUGUUUGCUAAAUUUUUUGUGUCCGAUCUCAGUGAAGAACACAACCUGCUGCGUAAUUGUUUUAUUGUAGCAGACGAUUAUUUCAGUAGUUUGACGCAUGAGUAAUCAAGCCUGAUGUCAGCGUAUUCAAUCCCUAGUAGCUGUGCGGUGCGCAAAACCUGUGGAUUUUUUUAAAAAAUAAGUUCCGCCUGUUGCUGACAUAAAUGAAUCAUACGAGAUAUAUGAACAUUAGGAUUGCUGAAAGUUAUUUGUGAUCUUUUAGCAGCAAAUAGCUCCUAAGAGAAAAAGUCACCCACAUAAAAGAGGAAGCUAGAGAAAGAUGUCAGCGAUCAAAAAAUUUUUUGAAAAACGGAAACUUAAUGUGAAAUUUAAAAAGGCUGGAGCUGGCCAUCGCCUGGAUGAGCCUUCAGGCAGCCCAAAACGCCUAUCCUCAGGUGUGUCAGCUUCCUCAGGGCGGCAGAACUCAAGACCAUCUCCUUCUGAUGUAGAAGCAGCACAGAAGGCAGCUGAUGCUGCCUUAGCAAGACUUAAUGUAAAACAGUCUAAGGGGGAUAGCAAUGUGGUACGAGCUCGCAUGCGAACUGAGAUAGAAUCUGAGAAGAAGCGGUUAGCUGAGGCAGAAACAGCAAGCCAGGCAGCAAGAAGCAUCCCAAAAGAAGUUACUUUAGAUGGUUCGCCUAUGCUGCCAACAGUACUUUACUGCUGCCCUGAAAUAGGCUCAGAAGUUUUGCCAAAGGAUGAUCUGGAAGCAUAUAUUUCAGAGUUCCUCCUCAACAGUCUUGCAGAUGAUCCUGAAAUGACCACUGCCCUUAUGAUUCACACUCUCAACAAGAAUCAAGAAAAAGUAAAAGUGUGUGUAGAGACACUUGUAAAAUAUUUAGACAACAUCAUUAUCCAUCCAGAGGACGAGAAAUUCCGGAAGAUUCGUGUAGGAAACAAAGCAUUCCAGGAGCGUGUGGCAUGCCUCAAAGGUACAGAAGAGUUUAUGCAAGCAGCAGGUUUUGUUUUGUGCACCCUUUCUCAUGAGGAUCAUCAGGAGGAUUUCCUGGUUCUGAGUGAGGAGAUGGCCAAGGACUUGGAACGUCUGCAAAACCUCAAAGAAGUUUUGGUCACUGCUGAACCCAUCAAGCCCCAGCUGUAUCGAGACCUGAAGGUCUUCCAUCCUUCAAACAACGCCACUAAGUUUGAGGUUCCUGACGAGUUUUACUCGGUCUCACCAGCAGAGCUGAAGAAAGAGCAGCAGCGGCGCGAGGAGGCAGUAGAGAAGCUAGGGAUGCUGCGCACCAAAGCCAUGCGUGAGCGAGAUGAAAUACGGGAGCUGAGGAAGUACCGCUUCACCAUGAUCCGUGUGCGAUUCCCAGAUGGAAUCCUACUUCAAGGAGUGUUCAAGGCUCACGAGAAACUAGCUGCCUUGAGACAGUUUGUGGGCGAGCAGCUCUGCAGCUGGUUGCCUUUCAUCCUGUCCACAUCUACAGGACAGAAACUGACAGAGGAAAACUGUACUUUUGCUGAGCUUGGCCUCGCCCCAGCUGCUGUUGUAAACUUUGCUUGGGAUCCUGAGGUUGUUGCUGACGUGACUUCUCAACGAGGUAGUCACAAGUCAGGUCCAUAUCUGAAGGCCGAGGUCAUGAGUACAAUACAGUCUAUGUAACAUCACCAUGCAGAUGGGAUGUUUUAUUUAGACAGGAGUUUGUGAUCAUAGGUUUACUGUGCACUUUCAGCCUUUGAAGUCAAAUUAACUACUACUAGCUUCAUGGUAACCUCUGGUGCAUUCCCACCCUUCUUUUUACUUUCAAACUCUCAGGUUUUGUUGUGAAGAUAACAGUUUGUGGGUAAUAAAAACUACAGUGGAUUCCAGAUAACAAAUUUAUGAAAAGUGUGAAAAAGGCCUUUUUACAAUGAUAAAACUUUUUAUGUUUACCCAAGUUCCUUUUACAAUUAGAUGAAGCUGUUUCCUUCCUUUCCACAUGAAAUCUUUAAUGAGACUGAUUGUACAUAUUUUUUAAAAAUUAACUUUAAAAGAGAAUGUGGCAACAAAUUAGCAGUGUUUUGCAUAUUUGUACCAUGCAUUAAGAUAUUUAAUAAUUUAAAUUACCCAAGUGAAGAAAAUCUUUAAUGAUGACCAUAACAAUUGCACCACACGAAGCUAGGACACCAUCUUCAUACAGAUAAUCAUAAUAAGCACAACCAAUGGUUGUCCACCCUUCAUUACAGUCAAAAAAAAAAAACAUAAAUCACUUAUGGUUGAAAAUUGUUUUAGUAGCUCAUUCUAGCCUUUAUAGAGCAGACUUCAAAGGACAUCAUCUGGAGCAGGGUGCAGCUUAACUCCUGUGAUGUUUCUCUGAGGGCACAAGUUGUGUUCAGAAUUGAAAUGUCAUGGCCAUUGUACACAACAUGGCUUCCACAUAGCUUCAUCAAGUCAGCCCAUCUUAUGCUGCUUGCACUAGCUGAAAAACUACUCUCUGGUAGAACUAGACCAGGAUAUCUUGGCUGAGGGCAAUCUUCUUGGGUUGGCAGAGGAAGAAGGGACAUGGCUAUAUCUUUUUGCUGAUGGAGAGUGUAUUACUGUACUAUCUAGGGCUGUGAGGAAGAAUGGUACCGAAGAACUUAAAACAAUUCUAUUUCACUGAUCUUGCCUUUGCAUUUUAUUUUCUGGUUUCUUUUUGGGGGGGAGGCCUUCCUGCUGCUGUGAGAUUCUUUUCAGUUAGCUGUUUGAAAAUGCAUCUGAAGUUGCCAGGCAUUAUGAUGGUGAUCUAAAUGCUGUCGCCAAAAUAUUCAUGGAAUAUUGUGAUACAUUUUGAAAAGCAACUUUUCUCGCUUGAAAGAUAUGACACCACUCGAGUGAAGUGUCAUGUGAUACAUAUAUUUUGGUGUAUAGGAGAGAUCCAGGAUAUUUUCAUAUGAUAAAAUAGCCAUUGUUCCUAACUCCCUAAGAGGAAUUACCCAGAGCUUUAAAUGGGAAUGAUUAUUGAAUCCCAGGUGUGAAGUUAAAUGAAAUAUUAGCCUUCUUAGAAUUAGCCGUUUUAGCAUUAUUAAGCUUCACUUUUUUUCUUUUUAAUGAUAGUUGCAUGGUUUCCUUUCCUCAAAGGGAAUAUGAGAUUGCUUGACUAGCAUAUUUCCAAGCACAAGGUUUCUCUUAUGCUAGAGUUUGCUGGUCAUAAGCAGGUGACCAAUGGCAUUAAAGGGUUGAUCUGACUUGUGGUUAUAAGAAAGAAAACGGUAUUUUAAAAAGUGCAGUACUCUGGCAUGUUUCCCACACAGCAUAGGCCUGAACUAUUAACUAGUAUUAUCAGCAAAAUGCAUUCAUCACCAUCAUAAUCAUCUUUUAUUUGGAAGACAGGACUAUCAACAACUCUAAGUGGAAAGCAUACCACCACAGGUAUACUUCAGAGAACACAGUCGCAUAAAACCGGACAUUUUUCUCAGUAGCAUCCAACCAGAUGCAUGUCAGAGCAGAAAGGGCUUAAGUGGGUAACAAUUUUUUAUUCAAAAUGGCUGCAAAAUACAGGCAGAUUAACUUUGCUUUGGCUCCAUUAAUAACAUUUUUGUUGAUUAAUGGAUUGUAAUACGCAGGACAAUCACUCCAGUGGUUUCAAACUUGUGUCCUGGCCACAGUUUUCAAGUACAUGCAUGCACACAUUAAUUUUUUGGGUUUAUUGAAAACUUGAUGUUCACUGACAGAAAUUGAAGACUAUCUACUUUGUGAAUUCUAGUAUUUAAAUGUGAUUCUGUUUGAGCUGUAAGGUGCAAUUUCAGUAACAAUUUGAUAGAGCUAUCAUUAAAAUGUUGAAGAUUCUCUUUAUGCAUUUUUAGUCAGGUUAUACUUAUAGAGAUUACUUUUGAAAACAUUUCAAGGAGUUAAAUGCAUCCUCAUGUGUCAGUGUUCCUUUCUAGAUUUUAUAUUUCUUUGAAUACAGUUCUUUAAAAUAAAGUGGUUUGUUUCAUUUC